AUGACGGGCGCGCGGCCGUCUGCUGCGGAGGAGCGCAGGGGUGGGAAGCGCGGCGGCGGCGGCUCGCUCGAGUGUGCAGGCAUGAGCGGGACGGCGGGGCGGGCUCUGGCCGCGCUGCUCCUGCUCGCGUCGGUGCUGAGCGCUGCGCUGCUGGCCCCCGGCGACUCCCCGGAGCAAGGCGCCGACUCUGCGCCGCUGGGAGACUUGGACAAAAAAAAGCAUGUGGAGCUGAAGAUGGAUCAGGCUUUGCUGCUCAUCCAUAAUGAGCUACUUGGGACAAGCUUGACUCUCUACUGGAAUUCUGAAAUCUGUUAUCAUUGCUUGCCUCAGGCUCUGGUAAAUAUUUCAAGGAGUGGAAAUCCUGGAAAGCCUAGCAUUGCAGCUGUAGCAGUGAGCACCCAGCAUGGCUCCAUCCUGCAGCUUAAUGAUACCUUGGAAGAGAGAGAAGUUUGUAGGCUAGAAUACAAAUUUGGAGAGUAUGGAAACUAUUCUCUCUUGGUAAAGCGCCCCAGUAAUGGAGUUAAUGAAAUUGCUUGUGACAUAGCUGUCAAUAAGAAUCCAGUUGACAGUAACCUUCCUGUGAGUAUUGCAUUCCUUAUUGGUCUGGCAGUAAUCAUUGCAGUAUCCUUUUUAAGGCUUUUACUGAGUUUGGAUGACUUUAAUAAUUGGAUUUCUAAAGCAAUAAAUUCUCGAGAAACUGAUCGCCUCAUCAAUUCUGAGCUAGGAUCUCCAAGCAGGGCAGACCCUCUCAGUGGUGAUACUCAGCCAGAAGUGUGGCGCCUGUCUGCACCCCCACCCCGCCUCCGCUGUAUAGACACAUUCAGGGGGAUCGCUCUCAUACUCAUGGUCUUUGUGAAUUAUGGAGGAGGAAAAUAUUGGUACUUCAAACAUGCAAGUUGGAACGGACUGACAGUGGCUGACCUUGUAUUUCCAUGGUUUGUAUUUAUUAUGGGGUCUUCAAUUUUUCUGUCAAUGACUUCCAUACUGCAGAGGGGAUAUUCAAAAUUCAAAUUGCUGGGGAAAAUUGCGUGGAGGAGUUUCCUGCUAAUCUGCAUAGGAAUUGUCAUUGUGAAUCCCAAUUAUUGCCUUGGUCCAUUGUCUUGGGAUAAGGUGCGAAUUCCUGGUGUGCUGCAGAGGUUGGGCAUAACUUACUUUGUGGUUGCCAUGUUAGAACUCCUCUUUGCCAAGCCUGUGCCUGAAAAUUGUGCCUCGGAGAGAAGCUGCUCUUCUCUGCGGGACAUUGUAUUCAGCUGGCCACAGUGGCUCUUCAUUCUGAUGCUAGAAAGCAUUUGGCUUAGCUUAACAUUCUUCUUACCAGUUCCUGGAUGCCCUACUGGUUACCUUGGCCCUGGGGGCAUUGGAGAUUUUGGGAAGUAUCCAAAUUGUACUGGGGGAGCUGCCGGCUACAUUGACCGUGUGCUUCUGGGAGAUGAUCACCUUUACCAGCAUCCUUCUUCUGCUGUGCUGUACCACACCAAGGUGGCCUAUGAUCCAGAAGGAAUCCUUGGAACCAUCAAUUCCAUCGUGAUAGCGUGUUUAGGAGUUCAGGCAGGAAAAAUACUGUUGUACUAUAAGGAUCAGACCAAAGGCAUCCUGAUUCGAUUCACUGUCUGGUGUUGUAUUCUGGGGCUUAUUUCUGUUGCUUUGACAAAAGUUUCUGAAAAUGAAGGCUUUAUUCCAGUAAACAAAAAUCUCUGGUCUAUUUCGUAUGUCACUGCGCUGAGCUCUUUUGCCUUCUUCAUCCUUCUGGUCUUGUAUCCCAUUGUGGAUGUGAAGGGACUGUGGUCAGGAACCCCAUUCUUUUACCCAGGAAUGAAUUCUAUUUUGGUGUAUGUCGGCCAUGAGGUGUUCAAGAACUACUUCCCCUUUCAGUGGAAGUUGGAGGAUAGCCAGUCGCACAAGGAGCACCUAACUCAGAACAUCGUCGCCACCACCCUCUGGGUGCUCAUUGCCUACAUUCUCUAUAAAAAGAAGGUUUUUUUGAAAAUCUGA